CCAUGUACACCGCCAUCAAACAAGCCAAACUGAAUGACAAAUUUCAGGACCCGCUGUACUUGUUUUUGGAGUUAGUACGGGCGGGUGUAAUGCACGGUCAUUUAUGGUCCAACCGAGCAUUCAGCGGCGGACCAAGUUUCGGCACGGGUUCGUUUAUUCUUAUCAAGGCUAUGUGGUUACUUUCCUGACCCGUGUGCGUGCGCCACCAGAUGACGAGAAAACGUGUAUGUUGCUGGUGAUGCGGGUCCUGAGCAUUGUUCCCUUGAACUUUAAGCCCCAGCCCUGGUCUGCCCCUCUAUCACGAGAGCUGCUUGUAUUCAAUUCGUUUGUGCGGUCUCUCACGCGAGCCCUACGGACCCUCCUUGAGGUGGCAUCGCUGAAUAUGCUUCUCCGUGCGGAUGCUCGACGCGCCCGGGACGACCUGUUGGACAUAACACUAUCUCUGCCGUUCCAGACGGAGGUGAAUACCGGAUUUGGAGUACUUGCCAAGGUAUACCUGGAUGCAUUGACACAUAUCAACAAUGGCACCAGAGUUCGUGAUCCACAAGCUGAGGGCGUCAAAGAGGCAAAGAUGUUGGCACUUGAAAUCUGCGAGGAAACGUUCCCGGGCGUCAAAUGUCCCAAGCUGGAAGUUGAGCGCGGGUUCCGGUUCUGGGAUGUGGCGCUGACAGCGAUGCGGCAAUUGCAUUCGGAAGGCGCAGUACUAAGGGAGCUGAUUGACCAAUUUGAAGCAGCCGAGGCAUGGCUGGCGCCGAUGCGACCAUGAACAAUUUCUCACGGAGGGGCUGAGAUAGCCAUGGAGACCAUCGCGAGGUGAAAUGGAUCCGGGUUCGUCGAUGUUA